CACCAGACGGAGCCAAGCCCCAACCAGGAAGGGCCUCGGAGCAUUGGGACGCCAACGCCGCUGUCUCCAAGACCCGGGUUUGGGGCGAAAGAUGGCGCUGACCGGGUACAGCUGGCUCCUCCUCAGCGCCACGUUCCUGAGCGCAGGGGCCGAGAUCUCUAUCACCCCCGAGCCUGACCAGCCAGCUGAAGGGGACAACAUCACACUGGCUGUCCAUGGGCUUUCGGGGGAGCUGCUUGCCUACAACUGGUAUGCAGGGCCCACGCUCAGCCUGACUUACCUGGUGGCCAGCUACAUCGUGAGCACAGGCGAUGAGACCCCUGGCCCAGCCCACACGGGGCGGGAGGCUGUGCGCCCCGAUGGCAGCCUGGACAUCCGGGGCGCCCUGCUUGGGCACUCGGGCACCUACAUCCUGCAGACUCUCAACAGGCAGUUACAGACGGAGGUGGGCUACGGACACUUGCAGGUCUAUGAGAUCCUGGCCCCGCCUGUGGUCCUGGCCAACACCACAGAGUUGGUGGAACGCCGAGACACCCUGCGCCUGAUCUGCAGCAGCCCCAGCCCCGCUGAGGUCCGCUGGUUCUUCAACGGCGAGGCCCUGCCCAUCGACAUCCGCCUCGGCCUGUCCCCGGACGGCCGGGUGCUGACCCGGCAUGGCAUCCGCAGGGAAGAGGCAGGAGCCUACCAGUGUGAGGUCUGGAACCCGGUCAGUGUCAGCCGCAGCGAGCCCAUCAACCUGACCGUGUACUUUGGCCCGGAACGUGUGGCUAUCAUCCACGAUUCCACCACCCGCACGGGCUGCACCAUCAAAGUAGACUUCAACACGUCUCUCACCCUGUGGUGCGUGUCCCGGUCCUGCCCAGAGCCUGAGUAUGUGUGGGCCUUCAAUGGGCGGGCCCUAAAGAAUGGUCAAGAUUACCUCAACAUCAGUAGCAUGACAGCGGCCCAGGAGGGCACCUACACGUGUAUUGCUAAGAACCCCAAGACCCUGCUGUCUGGAUCAGCCUCAGUGGUGGUCAAGCUGUCAGCUGCAGUAGUCGCCAUGUCUAUCGUGCCUGUCCCCACGAAACCAACAGAGGGCCAGGACGUGACACUGACUGUACAAGGCUACCCCAAGGAUCUGCUGGUCUACGCCUGGUACCGUGGGCCUGCCUCUGAGCCCAACCGGCUGCUCAGCCAACUGCCCUCAGGGAAUUGGAUCGCAGGCCCCGCGCACACAGGCCGGGAGGUGGGCUUCGCCAACUGCUCGCUGCUGGUGCAGAAGCUGAACCUCACAGACGCCGGCCGCUACACACUCAAGACUGUCACACUGCAGGGCAAGACUGAGACGCUGGAACUGGAGCUGCAGGUGGCCCCCAUGGAGUAGCAGCAUGGCCCUGGAGACCUCCGGAGAGAAGAGCUCUUUGCACCAUCCUCCCCAUCUCCUCUCCCUGAGUGGAGGAUCGCCGUCGUCCUACUCCUCUGUUCUCCUGCUUCCACACUAGAGUUAAAGCCGACAGGGCCCUGCUCCUUCGCUGAGCUGUCAGAGAGUCACAGAGGCCAUAAACAUCCUGGUUAACACAA